CAGUCCUCUUCUCAAUGCUGUAUUCAUUCCUGCUCAGAGGACUGAGAUGGAGGCUGUACAAAAGGAUAACUGGUACUCGCUGGCACUGUUGACUUUUCUCAUUUUUCUUAAAGCAUCACUUCAGGACCGAGGUGAGACCGUGACCCUUGCAGAUGGGAUGGUUUUGGACUGCAUGUGUCCCUGGAAUGGGAACCUUAGCAUGGUGUCCUGGACCAAAGUGCCAGACAAGACAGCCUUGGCCAUCUUCCAUCCCAGCUACGGGACGACGUUCGGAGACGGCUACGACGAGAGGCUGAUGUUCCUGAGGAAAUCCACUAUGGACGGAAGCAUCUCUUUUGGCAAUGUCACAGAGCAAGACGCCGGGCUGUACCGCUGCUCAAUGCAGACCUUCCCUUUGGGAACGUGGACUAGGGAUGUCAGAGUGAUCAAAGAGAGCCAUUCCCCCUACGUGGAGUUGGACUUCAGCGAGGGGGAAAAUCUGACCAUCGUCUGCCCCCACCACAACUACAGCGUAAUGCACGCCCUCAUCAAGAAGGAUGAGAACGAGACCGUGGGCAGGUGUACCAUGCAGGCCGGGGCCUUGGUGGCAGAGGACCUGCACGAGGGGAUCCAGAUGAACUGCGCCGACCCCAUCCUGGGCGUGACCUUUGACCUGAACAACGUGGCCGAGUCCGACCAGGGCCUGUACCAGUGUCUGCUGACCACCGAGGACGGAGUGGAGAUCACCAACUACCUGCUGACCGUCCGCCACGAAGAUGCAUCUUACACACACCACCCAGAGGAAGCGGCUGUGUACCCGAUACUGACACACGCACAGGUUUUAGAAGAUCCAGAUCCAGCUGAGGCAACAGACAUUACUGAAGCACCUCAUUCAGAUACUGAGGACAGUGAGCCUCCUUCUUCUGGCAAGUAUAAUUCAUCAUCAUCAUCAUCAUCCAUCAUCCAACAUCCUCAUCAUCAUCCAUCACCAUCAUCAUCAUCUUCGGGUGCAGCGGUGUCAUCUGCCUGUUUGGGGGGAAAUGGAAAACAGAUACAUUAUUUGUUGCAGAUGACAGGACGCUUGAAAAGAAGGCACAAAUUAUAAUUGCUUGCUAGGAAAGGCCUACUUCUACUUCUCUGUUAAAUUAAGUGAGUUACAAGCCAAGAGGUAAGCAUUUAAAUAUAAUUUCUCUCAUAGUCUGUAAUACUCAAUCUGUCUCACUCUUCGAGUAGAGAGAGUUGUCCAUAAGCUAUUGAAGGAUGAAGAGCAAACACGGGUGUCUAAAUAAUUUUAAAAAGUAAUCAAUUACUGAAAGAUCUCUAAUAAUCUGUAAUAUGUAAUAAUAGAAUUAAGUAAGCAUUCUAGUUUGAUCUCCGCUUCUGUUUCACCACCAAAGCAUUUUGUCACCACCUAGACAUUUCUUCAAACAUCAUCAAACACGGCUAUUCUCAUCAUCAUCAUCAUCAUCAUCAUCAUCAUCAUCAUCAUCAUCAUCAUCGUGAUCGUGAUCGUCAUUGUCACCAUAAUUGUCAUCAUCAGCAGUCAGCCUCGACUGGAGUAAUUCUUCUCGUCCCCCUGUCCUCCAUCACAUUAUGGUUCCUUAAUCCAUCCUUUGUUAUGCUGCGCCUAACCAUUGUUCACAAGGAUGUGAUAUGAAUAUGCAGACUACUGUCAUUUUUACCCCUUGGAAAUCCAGCUCCAACUGGGAGA